AUCAGCUCCCCUUGGGCUGCAACUGGAGGAAUGGAUCAGAAGCUCAUCAUAUGGGAUCUUCGACAGUCGUCGCCACGCAGUAUAUGCGAGCACGAGGAUGGAGUUACAUGUCUGACUUGGAUUGGCACGUCACGGUACGUUGUGACCGGAUGUGUCGAUGGUCGAGUACGAAUAUGGGACAGUCUAGUUGGAGAAUGUGUUAGAACCUUUACAGGGCACACUGACGCCAUCCAAUCUCUCUCGGUGUCUGCCAACCACGAGUACCUUGUUUCUGUUGCUCUUGAUAAUACAGCUCGUGUUUUUGAGAUUGCAGAGUAUCAUUAAGUAGUAGUGUCUUCGUUUUAAGUUGAAUGUCACGAGUGUUAUCCUCAUUAGCGAUCUUGUAUGAGUUUGUAUUUGUAACAAGCAUUGCAUGGUAUCGUUAUGUAAAAUUUUUGGUUGUCGAGGUUUGAUGAAUGAUAUGAUUUAGUGUUUUGGAAGUUUUAGAAUAUGAUAGUUUGAAUUUUGAUGAAUGAUAUGAUUUAGUGUUUUGGAA